GUGCGGAAGCUCUCCUCGCGGAUUGGGAAGAAACCCUCCUUCGAUCGCCCGACCCCAAACAUCUCAAUGAUGGCAGACCCAAUCACACUCAUCGGCCUUGCAUCGAGCAUAAUUUCUUUCGUAGAAUUUGGGGUUGACCUGGUAUCUGCAAUCAAACUCUUGCAUGACUCGCAUCAUGGUACACUCCCGGAAAUCCACGACAUGGAAGUCAAAGUGCUCGACGUCAAACGCACAAUUCAGCUAGCUGUGAUAGAAUUGAGCCAGUAUGUCAAUUCAAAGGAGUCCUUAGCUCUCUUGAAUCUCGCGAAGGAAUGCGAUGAUAGAGCAAUGGAACUCGAGAAUUUGAUGAAAAAGCUCAAAAUGCGAGACGAGCCCUGGUCGCGAACGCUUGAAAGUGGGCGAGUGGCGGUGCGGACGUGGUGGAAAAGGAAAAGCAUCGAUGACUUGCUACAUCGGCUGCUGGUACUCAGCUCAAAUGUGAAAGAAGAAACGCGAGGUGUGCUCCAGCGUGAACUUACCAAAAAGAUCCGCGAUGAUCUGAUAGAUUUUCGGAACCUUCAGCAAGAGCUCGGAACAAGAUCGGAGUCGCAAUUUGAUACCAUACAGAGCGAUAUUCAGGAAUUAGUUCGGGAACAGCAGGAAAUGCAAGCCGCGCAACUUGACUUAUUGAUGCAAAGUCUUCGCGCAUGUGAGGAUGAACGGCGGAUUUGCCAGCACCAACUCGAAGUUUUAAGGAGUCUCAGAUUUGAGGAGCUCUAUCGCCGGUGGUCUAGCAUAGAGGAGACAGAGCGAUUAACGAAUAGUUGGCUCUUCGAUCGAUCCCAGACAACAUUCAUCGAAUGGUUGGAAGGCCAUGACGGCAUCUAUUGGAUAAGCGGCAAGGCCGGGAGUGGUAAAUCUACAUUGAUGAAGUUCGCCUCCGAGCACGAGAAAACACUGGACGCUUUGACGAAGUGGUCACACAAUCGGCCAUUGUUUACAGCAAGCUUUUACUUCUGGAGACAAGGGUUCGACCUGCAGAAGUCACAGGUAGGGCUACUUCAAAGCCUGCUUUUCCAGUUAGUCAAUCGAGCCCCUAGUCUGGCGCUCAAGAUCUGCCCGGUGAAUACGAUUCCACCAGUAUGGGAUCUUGUGCGGCUCAGACAGGCUUACCAGUGCAUAUCCCAAGAAAUAAAUCUGUCGGCAAAGUUCUGCUUCUUUAUAGAUGGACUUGAUGAGUAUGAUGGUGAUGAAAAUGAGGCUGCGAAAAUGCUGAUAUUCCUAUGCCAGUCCCGACAUGUGAAGUUAUGCGUCUCGAGCCGACCAAGAUCCAGCAUAGAGACAAUUCUGUGGAAAGGUGACUGUGCACAAGGCCGUGGAAACGGUCAAUUCACCUUCGCUAUUCACGAUUUCACCAAGGAGGACAUGAGAAAGUAUGUCCAGGCCAGACUGACGGAAGGGGGCUUAGGAUCUCAUCAGGGCUACCUAUCCAUCUCCAACGAAAUCAUCUCCCAGAUUUCGGAGCAGGCGCAAGGUGUGUGGCUGUGGGUUUCACUGGUCACUCGCGACCUCCAAGCCGCACUCAGACGCAAUGAAUCAGUUGCAACCUUAAGGCGACUUAUGAAGGAGCUCCCCCCUGAUCUAGAAAGCUACUUUGCUCGCAUGAUUGAGAGAGUAGACAAACGCUUCCGGACAGAAAUGGCGCGAAUCUUUCUAAUCGUUAUAGAAGAAGUGCAGCCUCUCCCUUUGUUCGCAUUCUCGCUUCUCGAGGAGGAAGAUACAAAUCCUAACUAUGCGCUGGAGGCGGAGAUUGGACCCUUAACGAAGGGUUCGAAACGAACAGAGGGUCUGUGGGAACGCCUCCAGGUGCGAUGUAGUGAUCUCCUUGUCCUAGAUCAUCGACCACAUCCAAUCUUCCUGCACAACUCGGUGGACCUUCUUCAUCGCACGGUACGCGAUUAUCUCCAGGACUCUUACUAUGGCAAUCUCGAGUUUUACGCAAACGGCUUCGAUCCCCUCGUGUCGCUGUGUAGAAUCUCACUUUAUUUGCUCAAAAGGAUACCCACGCCCAACUUCAACGACAAAAGAUCCAUCCAUAGGGUCAUGGGUCUCGUCGACGAGUGCCUUUACUACGCUCACGAAGCCGAACAGAAACAUUCAUCUCGGCAGGCUGCCUCACUCAAGGUGUUGGAUGAAGUCGACCGUGUCAACACCAUCUACGCGCAGGGCAUGCCCAACCACUGGACGCAGGCAAGGGACUCGCCUGUGACCCAGGGGUAUGAUGAAUACCGUGAGGGUGGCAACUGCAACUUUUUGGCCUUGGCCAUACAAGCACGGCUGGUCAAAUACGUCAAGGAAAAGCUCCAUUCGCAGCCAGACUUGCUGAUGAAAAAGAGGGGCCGGCCGCUGUUGGACUACGCCCUUCGUCCCCUACGGGUGACCGCGAUCACCAUGCCAUACCACUCCCAACGAGACGAGCCCAGCGUGAACGUCCGAAUGGUAGAACUCCUCCUGCAAAAAGGAGCAAACCCAAACGCCAAGGUUUAUUUGAAUAAAGACCGGACUGUUUGGGCUCUCUUCCUCCUAGCAUGUUACCAGGCUGAGCAGGAGGGAGCGGUGUCUGACUCACUCCGGCAUGCAUGGUGUGAAGCAUGCAGAAUACUGAUCAAAAACGGCGCCAGGCUUGACCAAAGUCUGGGUAAAGGCACUCAGGGACUCUCUGUUCAGGGAAUUCUCCGAAAUCAAAUAUUCAGGGGACAAGAGGGGCUUUUGACAAAUAUUAUAGAAAGCUCACAACUUGAGCAAUCAAAUAAACGAUUUCCCACAAUCCUCAGAUCUGUGAUUGAAAAAAUAACAUGGUGAAGGGAGGGAUGCUCGUGCACGCAGCAAGAUAGAGUAGCAAACAGUCAGAUCAAGUCAGAUUAAUGGCGAAACUAUACUUACCAUCCGAUUAACGGUCAGGUUGAGGAAAAUAUUUUAUCUGACUGCAGUGUAAUUAGAAAUAAGAUAAUCAACUAUCUUGAUUUUUUUGGCA